UCAACCGGAAUCAACGUUAAAUAUAGCAUGCUGAACAGUUGCUUUUUCUUGUCAUUGCAUACUCUGCAAUUAUAGUAAAAGUGCAGACAUCAGGAAGCAGAGCAAAUCUAGGUUCGUGUUAAGGUUAGUGUCCUUAAAAAAAAAUUACGUUACAUUCGGUUUUGUGAAGACUUCUCUUUGGGACUUCUUGAUGAUAAGAUUAGCUUGCUAUACAGUAGCUAGCUACCACGGUCACGUGUCAGUUAACCCAUUCAUAGACGCAAACUAGCUUUAGCGCCUAUUUUACGGUAUCGUCCAGGGAGAGGUGACAUAAUUGUUCCAUUUUAUGAUACAAGUUUCACACUUGGUACACUAACACCAGAUAGCUUAAUGAACAUUAGCUAAAAAUUGGAGCCAGUCUGGGUAGCCGGUCAGUCAACCAGCCAUCCAGAUUUUCUGUUAGAAAAUAGGUUAAAAUAAUUUCAAACAAAAUGAAAAUGACUUUGUAAUGUGAUUUACUCAUUAAAUAAACCCCACAGGUAGACAACAAUUCUGAUCAUAAGAUACUCGUAAGACCAUAAUAUGUGCCUCAUUGAGGUCAUUUUGACCAUAUUCCAGCAGCAAAUUUCUCACACAGCUUGGUCAUGUUGAAAUACGUAUAUUUUUGGCUAUAAUUGCCAUCGCAGAUUUAGUCCAUUACCCGCUGGCGGUCAUUUCCAACAUGGCUGCUGAAAAAUAGUCUAAUAAACCCAAGAUGGGUAACCUGCUUGGAUCGAUGUCACCAGGGGUUCUCUGCACCGUUCAGAGAGCAAGCUUGUGGCAGAGACAGUGCCAAAGUUCACAUAUUUUUUGAGGACUUGUGGUUGGACAUGGUAAAGUUGGAUUUGUGUGUGGUUCUGCAACAAAGAAGAUGCAUUCCAAGCAGGUUGCAUAACAUAAAAGGUAAAGGUGAGAAGGAUUACUAUUAAACCAAUAUAUCUCAAAUAACAAAAAUAAGGAAAUACACAUGGAUAAUAGAAAAUAAACUUUCUCUUAACUUGAACACACACAACUGUAAAAAAAAAAAAAAAAAAAAAAAAAAAACUGGACAGGACUUAAGUACAAAAAAAGGUGUGAAUGAGCCUGUCGGGGAAGUCCUGAUAAUUAGUGACAAGUGUGUGGCAUUGAAAGAAAGGUGAAAUCAACUUGGUUGAUCAAGUUCAUCUCAGUAGAUUCCUCCUUUUGAUGAUCAGCAUGGCAGAUGUGUUGCUACCUACCCUCACCACCUGGGGGCGGCCUGUCAUGAAGUCCAGGAUCCAGUUGCAGAGGGAGGUGUUUAGUCCCAGGGUCCUUAUGAGCUUUGUUGUACACUGAGCUGUAGUCAAUGAAUAACAUUCUCACAUAGGUGUUCAUUUUGUCCAGGUGGGAAUGGGCAGUGUGGAGUGCAAUAUAGAUUGCAUCAUCUGUGGAUCUGUUUGGGUGGUAUGCAAAUUGGAGUGGGUCUAGGGUUUCUGGGAUAAUAGUGUUGAUGUGAGCCAUUACCAGGCUUUCAAAGCACUUCAUGGCUACAGACGUGAGUGCUACGGGUCUGUAGUCAUUUAGGCAGGUUGCCUUUGUGUUCAUGGGCACAAGGACUAUGGUGGUCUGCUUGAAACAUGUUGGUAUUACAGACUCAAUCAGGAACAUGUUGAAAAUGUCAGUGAAGACACCUGCCAGUUGGUCAGCACAUGCCCGGAGCACACGUCCUGGUAAUCCAUCUGGCCCCGCAGCCUUGUGUAUGUUGACCUGUUUAAAGGUCUUCUAUGCUCGGCUACGGAGAGUGUGAUCACACAGUCGUCCUAUGCUCGGCUACGGAGAGUGUGAUCACACAGUCGUCCUGAACAGCUGAUGCUCUCAUGCAUGCCUCAGUGUUGCUUGCCUCAAAGCGAGCAUAGAAGUGAUUUAGCUCGUCUGAUAGGCUCGUGCCACUGGGCAGCUCGUGGCUGUGCUUCCCUUUGUAGUCCGUAAUAGUUUGCGAGCCCUGCCACAUCCGACGAGCGUCGGAGCCGGUGUGGUAUGAAUCAAUCUUAACCCUGUAUUGACGCUUUGCCUGUUUGAUGGUUCGUCGCAGGGCAUAGCGGGAUUUCUUGUAAGCUUCCGGGUUAGAGCCUGCACCUUGAAAGAGGCAGCUCUACCCUUUAGCUCAGUGCAAAUGUUGCCUGUAAUCCCUGGCUUCUGGUUGGGGUAUGUACGUACAGUCACUGUGGGGACGACGUCCUCAAUGCACUUAUUGAUAAAGCAGUGACUGAUGUGGUGUGUUCCUCAAUGUCAUCGGAAGAAUCCCGGAACAUGUUCCAGUCUGUGAUAGCAAAGCAGUCCUGUAGUUUAGCAUCUGCUUCAUCUGACCAUUUGUUAUAGACCGAGUCACUGGUGCUUCCUGCUUUAAGUUUUGCUUGUAAGCAGGAAUCAGGAGGAUAGAGUUGUGGUCGGAUUUACCAAAUGGAGGGCGAGGGAGAGCUUUGUACGCAUCUCUGUGUGGAGUACAGGUGAUCUAGAAUUGUUUUCCUUCUGGUUGCACAUUUAACAUGUUGAUAGAGAUUUGGUAGAACUGAUUUAAGUUUCCCUGCAUUAAAGUCUCCGGCCACUAGGAGCGCCGCCUCUGGGUGAGUGGUUUCCUGUUUGCUUAUUUCCUUAAACAGCUGACUGAGUACGGUCUUAGUGCCAGCAUCUGUCUGUGGUGGUAAAUAAACAGCCACGAAGUGUAUAGCUGAGAACUCUCUCGGCAAGUAGUGUUGGCCUGCAGUUUAUCACAAUAUACUCUACUUCAGGCGAGCAAAAUCUAGAGACUUCCUUAGAUUUCGUGCACCACCUGUUGUUUACAAAUAUGCACAGACCCCCCCCCCCCUCGUCUUACCGGAGUGUGCUGUUCUAUCCUGCCGGUGCAGCGUGUUUCCCGCUAGCUGAAUAUCCAUGUUGUCAUUCGGCCACGAUUCCGUGAAGCAUAGGAUAUUAAAAUGUUUGAUGUCCCGUUGGUAGGAUAUCAGUUUAUUGUCCAAUGAUUGCACGUUGGCGAGUAAUAUUGACGGUAACGGCAGCUUUCCUAGUUCUGCCUUCUGUGGGUCCGGACGAGGCAUCCGGCUCUUCGUCCUCUGCCUCGCUUCCUUUUGCGAAAAAUUGGGAUGUAUGCCCUGUGGGGUGUUUGGAGAAUAUCGUGUGUGUCCUGCUUGUUGUUGUUGAAGAAAUCUUUGUCUAAUCCGAGGUGAGUGAUCGCUGUCCUGAUAUGCAGAAGCUCUUUUCUUCCGUAAGAUACGGUUGCAAAAACAUUAUGUACAAAAUAAUUUACAAAUAUUGCUGGGAAAAAACACAUAAUUGCACAAUUGGUUAGGAGACCGUAAAACGGCGGCCAUCUCCUCCGGCACCGUGGUUCACUACAUUCUUAAAGAAAAUUAUGUACUUUUUACUCCAUACAUUUUCCCUGGCUCACAAAAGUACUCUUUACAUUUUGACUGCUUAGCAGGACAGGAAAAUGGUCUAAUUCACAACCUAAUCAAGCAAACAUCCCUGGUCAUCCCUACUGCCUUUGAUCUGGCAGACUCACUAAACACAUGUGUAAUUUGUAAAUUAUGUCUGUGUUGGAGUGUGCCCAUGGCUAUCCGUAAAUAAAAUGAUGCUGUCUGGUUUGCUUAAUAUAAGGAAUUUGAAAUAAUUUAUACUUUUGAUUCUUAUGGAUAUUUUAGCAAUGACAUUUACUUUUGAUACUUAAGUAUAUUUAAAGUACAUUUAUUAUUAAAGUAGUUCUACUUAAAAAAAAUGUUACCCCCUUUUCUCCCCAAUUUCGUGGUAUCCAAUUGUUAGUAGUUGCUAUCUUGUCUCAUCUCUACAACUCCCAUACGGGCUCGGGAGAGACGAAGGUCGAAAGCCAUGCAUCCUCCGAAACCCAACCAAGCCGCACUGCUUCUUAACACAGUGCGCAUCCAACUCGGAAGCCAGCCGCACAAAUGUGUCAGAGGAAACACCAUGCACCUGGCGACCUGGUUGGCGCCCGGCCCGCCACAGGAGUCGCUAGUGCGCGAUGAGACAAGGAUAUCCCUACCGGCCAAGCCCUCCCUAAUCGGGACAACGCUAGGCCAAUUGUGCGUCGCCCCAUGGACCUCAUGGCUGCGACAGAGUCUGGUGUCGCACAGCUAGCAAUGCAAUGCAGUGCCCUCGACCACUGCGCCACCCGGGAGGCCCCACGUUGUUCUACUUUUACUCAAGUAUGACAAUUGGGUACUUUUUUCACCCCUGAUCAUGAGGUACUGUACCUCAGGGGAACAAUAUCUCGAGACUUCCUUAAUAUUAGACAUUGCACACCAGCUGUUAUUGACAAAUGGACACACACCACCACCCCUCGUCUUACCAGAGGUAGCUGUUCUGUCUUGCCGAUGCACGGAAAACCCAGUGUCGUCGUUCAUCCACAACUUGGUGAAACAUAAUAUAUUACAGUUUAUAAGAUGUUCUGUUGGUAAGAUAGUCUCAAACGGAGCUCAUCCAGUUUAUUCUCCAGUGAUUGCACGUUGAUCAAUAGAACGAAUGGCAGGUUACCCACUGACAGACAUAUUCUCACAAGGGACUCGAAUCUGCGCUGAUUUUUUAAAUUAGAGAAUAAUAAUUCACUUUUUCAAUGCUAGUUAAGGAUACUAUAGUUAAGUCUUUUCAUUUAAAUGUUGGUGGUACUCUGCGCACACACCAGUGGCGUGUUUUCAUGGAUGCCAAGGGAAGAAAGGAUUCCCCAAAGAAUUUACAAAAAAAAUCAUUUGUAAAAAAUAAAAUAAUAAUAAUUUAUCUUUCGUCUCUCUGUGUUUCAUAAGUGUUAUUCAACAAGUUGAAUGUAUCUCACUGGAGAAAGCAUCCGAGCGAAACAAAACAGUUAUCUAUUUGAUGCUGUCUGGUCAAAAUAGAGUAUUACAUUGUUGCAAGCAUUUGGCCUCCCUUUAUUAAAUAAUAGCCAACCAGCGUUGAGCUUAAGUGAGUGAUCUCAGCUGUGAAUGGUCAUUGUGUGCCAAAAAAAAAAGUGUCAAUGAAGCCAGUUUGGAUUUGGCUUCAGAGCAAUCACAUCAGAAACCAAACAUCAUGGAGAUAGGAAUUUUGACUUUUUUUAUGUGAUUCUGAUCCAACCAUACAUUCAUACAUUGUGCCCUGACCAUACACUGACCUGAGAGGAUGGAAGUUCAACAUGUAGCUAGAUGUAGUAUGCUAAUGUUUACUAGCUGGCCUGGCGCAUUGUUGCCCCUGAAGUUAAGUUAGGCUAGCGAGCAAGCAUUUUAGCCAGGUAGCCUAGGACAACAGAAACUGAACUGUGUACUGUAUGAGAGAGUCAUAGACUGUUUUGGCAACAUGAAAGAAAAGGACGGCAUUGGCGUUUCUACAAGUAGGGUGUGAAUUGUGAAGAUGGAGGGAGAGCAUCCUCAUGAGGAGAAGCAGACUGAAACUGCUUGCUGUGCAUCCCAAUGUCCCAAAGAGGGAGAGGAAAGGCAGGGACAAGGGGCUAUGUUAUGGUCCAUCCAGGAGGCAGUGGAGAGGCAGACCAUGCAGAUAGGAGCGUCCGCCUGUGGGGCAACGGCCGUAGUGGACGUCCUACAGGCCCUCGGCAUCAUUGUGGCACCCGAGACGGCUGACCGGUGUGUGCGGACGUGCCUGAGGAGGAACGAGGCGCCGCUGCCCGAUUACCUGUUCUCCCGGAGCAAGGCUGGCGCCACACACGCACAGCUGAUAGCUGGGGCGGAGCAGGCCAGUGGUGGGCGCGUGCUGGGUCGCCACUUCCCCCUCCACCCUCGCCGGCGGGUGAGGCUGGUACCCUGGCUGGCACAGUGGAUCCAGAAAGGGGCAGUGCCCGUGGCCACCAUGAACAUGCAGCUGGCAGUGCCAGAGGGAGAGGAGGUUCCCGACGCAUGGCACCACCAACUCAUCUUUGGGGUCGGACCCGGCACUGUCUAUAUGACCAACCCCCUGGAUGUGGUGAGUGAGCGGGAGGUGCAUCAGCGACUCUGCAGUGAAUCUGUGUUGCUGAUACGUCGAGAGGAUGUGCUGCUGAGAUUGACAGCUGACGCCCCUCUGUCUAGCCUAUCAGACGACCAGUCUGACCCACGCUGGAAAGCCCUGGAUGUGGAGGGUCAAUUGAGGCAGAUGAUUCGUGAGGAAGACCAUGAUGAUGAAGAUCAGUUUAGGAUGAGCCAUGUCGUGAUCCCCGCAGCGUACAGUUCAGGUGUGACAGUCUUCGCCCUCAGAGACUCAGACCAAGGACAGGAGCUUCUCCAAACCCCUGAACUCCCUUUGCUUUGAUAUGGCUGGACAGUGGACACAUCAUUACCAAAAAUCUUGCUCUGAUUGGACAAUGCAUCUUUGACUUUCCCGCUAUUGUUACAUGUAUUCGGUGAGGGGAAAUGUUCAGAAACUGGUGAUAGAAAUGUCAUUAAUAGAGCUAACAUGGUUCCUUAUUCUACAGGUAAGAGAGGCUUGUCUGUUCUACAUAUUAUAUUUCUAUCUGAUCAUCCAACAAUGUUGCACCCUGCUGAAUGUGCCCCAGGUGUAUUCAGUGAGGUGAAGCACUCAAAAACAAAAAAGAAGCACUCAAAAACUAUAGAAUUGAUAGAGCUGACUCAAUUUCCUAUUCAGACACAACUCAUAAUUCUGAUAUGUCUAUCUAUAAUAUUGGCCAGUCAUGUUGUACACAAUACAUUUUUAUCUGAACGUUCAGUAACGUUACACCGACCUGAACGAGGCUCUGUUGCUGUACAGUAGGAUAUCCGUCCCUGACAGUAAUACUUUGUUUGAACACUUUUCUGGGUCAUAUUCACUGACAUCAAGCAGAAGAAAAUGAACCGAAAGAGGGAGUGACUCCCUGAACUUACUCAAUAACAAACAUUAAUUUCCCUAUUCCAUUGCAUAACGUUUUGCUACAGUAUGCACUAAUGAAUAUGACCCUGAUCUUAUGUGUGUGAUGUUAAGAAUAGCCUACUUGAUGUAUGCCCCUGCACCAGUGGAGGCUGCUGAGUGGAGAACGGCCCGUAAUAAUGGCUAGAACUGCGCAAAUAGAAUGGCACCAAACACAUAGAAACCAUGUGUUGGAUGGACUUGAUACCAUUCCACUAAUUCCGCUCCAGCCAUUACCAAGAGCCCGUCCUCCCCAAUUAAGGUGCCACCAACCUCCUGUGCCCUGCACAUUGAAAUGGUGCACGGUUUGAAACCCUGUCUUCUGCAGCAGGACAAUCAACCCUAAUGCGCCACUCUGCAAUACCAGAUAAGCUAAAUCUGUGGCACUGGGAUGUAAAUGUGAUGCUGUGCUCAUCUACACAGAUACAGAUUAGGUGUAUAUUGUGAGUGUGCUCAUGAUUUGCCGUUUUCUGUACUCAAGAUUUUUGGCUACCACUUAUUUGGCCAGUUUCCCAGACACAGAUUAAGCCUGGUCCUUGACUAAGAAUGAUGUUCAAUGGAGAUUCUCUAUUAACAGUAGCAGUUGAGUCUAGGACUAGGCUUGAUCUGUGUCCAGGAAACCAACCAAAUAUGAAACAAUGUUUAAAUCAAUCAACAUGUAUCUGUUGUCGUUCCAGGUUGUGAUGUUUGUCAUUGUUAACUCCCUUUUAUUUGUAAGCUAUCACAAUACAUAAAGAGUCGCAAGACCUAUAUAUAACAACUCCCAGUCAUUUAUUGGGUAAAACACCAAAGUUUCGGCAUCACUGUGCCUUCUUCAGGGUAAUGUCAUGAAUGCAUGAACCAGGUUAGGAAGACAAACGGUGCAAUUAGUGUAACCAAUAACAAUAGUGAGGGGUGUAAAUUAAUUGAGUGAAACUUAAAUACAGUGCAUUCGGAAAGUUUUCAGAUCCCUCCCUUUUUCCACAUUUUGUUACAUUACAGCCUUAUUAUAAAUUUGAUUAAAUAAAAAAAAAUCCUCA